ACUUGCAGAAAGCUCAGAUUCUUGCUUUGAUAAGGCUACAGUGGCAUGAUGAAACACAAACCAAACGAGUUUGCUAGGAAUUGUGUGCUGUCCCUUUUAGGUGAUGUGUAGUGCAGCCCAGUUCUGGAUGUAGUCUGUACAGAGAGACAGCAAUUAGAAAUGAACCAAGCUCAUUGCUUCAAAAACAGAGAAAAUUAAGGAUAUUUGGAAAGCUAUGGAAUAUUUGCAAGUUCUCCUCAAAAAGAUAUGGAUAAGAAAAUGGGUGAAGAGCAGCCUUUGACUGCCUGUAACCAGUACCCUAAAGAAGCGGUGAGGAAACGUCAGAAUUCAGGUCGAGGUUCCAGGGGCAGCGAUUCUUCCAGGACCUCGAGGAAAAGCUUCAGGCUGGACUACAGAUUAGAAGAGGAUGUCACUAAAUCAAAGAGAGGCAAAGAUGGGAAAUUUGUCAACCCGUGGCCAACAUGGAAAUCGCCAACCUUGCCAAAUAUUUUGAAAUGGUCCCUCAUGGAAAAAAAUAACAGCAACGUGCCAUGCUCAAAGCAGGAACUCGAUAAAGAGCUUCCAGUGUUAAAACCUUACUUUGUUCAAAAGCCGGAACUUGCUGGGAAGACAGGAACUGGUAUGCGAGUCACGUGGUUGGGACAUGCCUCAGUUAUGGUGGAAAUGGAUGAACUUGUAUUUCUUACUGACCCGAUCUUCAGCCAGCGAGCUUCCCCUACUCAGCUGGUGGGUCCCAAGCGCUUCCGAGGACCUCCGUGCACAGUAGAGCAGCUCCCCAAAAUAGAUGCAGUCAUGAUCAGCCACACCCAUUAUGAUCAUUUGGACUACAACACUAUAACGAGUUUAAACGAACGCUUUGGGAGUGAGCUGCGCUGGUUUGUGCCUCUAGGGCUCUUGGACUGGAUGCAGAGAUGUGGUUGUGAGAAUGUGAUUGAACUGGAUUGGUGGGAAGAGAACUGCGUCCCUGGUCACGAUGCAGUAACUUUUGUCUUCACCCCUUCUCAACAUUGGUGCAAAAGGACUGCGACAGAUGAUAACAAGGUUCUUUGGGGCAGCUGGUCUGUCCUGGGACCUUGGAAUAGGUUUUUCUUUUCAGGAGAUACUGGAUAUUGUGUUGCUUUUGAACAGAUAGGUAAAAGGUUUGGACCUUUUGAUCUUGCAGCCAUCCCUAUUGGAGCUUAUGAGCCAAGGUGGUUUAUGAAAUACCAGCAUGUGGAUCCUGAAGAAGCAGUAAGAAUCCAUAUUGAUGUUCAGGCAAAGAAGUCUGUAGCAAUUCACUGGGGGACCUUUGCUUUAGCAAAUGAGUAUUACUUGGAUCCUCCAGUUAAACUGAAUGAAGCUCUUGAAAGAUAUGGCUUGAAAAAAGAAGACUUCUUUGUCUUAAACCAUGGAGAAUCACGGGACUUGAGUACAAAUGAUGGAUUUGAAUGAAACAGGAGCAGUUCCUUGUAAGCCUCGUUUGAUUUGAACUAGCAAUUAAUGUUACAAAUAUUAAUACGAUGUACUUACAAAGUAGGUUUUUUGGAGUGAAUUGGAUUUUUAGAUGCCAGGUUUGUCAGUUUCAGAACUAAAACUUGCAUACUGAUUUCAUGAUAAAUUUUACUAGUUAUAUUGUUUAUAAAUUUUGAGAGGUGAUCUAAAAACUGGUUAAUAUAUAAGGUAUUGUCUGGGAAUAACUUGUGUUUUCAACUCUUAGGUACACCACUGAGAAAUUACUGUGUUUUUUUUUAAACUCUUCAUCUUCCCUGCAACAGCAAUAAUAACCUCAGCACAGGACAUAUUCUUAGAAUUAAUGGCUGACUUGGAUUAGUCAUUCUUCGAAUGUCAUCUCCCACUUGUUAGUCAUUCAUCUUCAGGUUAUGCCCUGUACCUUGAUAGCUUCACUGUGUUUUGUGGGGUGGAGUCUUCCAAUACAGUUGUGUUGUUAAAGCACAAGCACAGUAAAAUAAUUAUUUUACUGAGUGCUUCUACAUCUUCAUAUAUUGACGAACCACAAAAGCUGAAUUUUACAAUGAUCUUAAGAAAUGUGCCUUUUAAAGAGAGAGAUAAUUUAAUAUUGCAUCAUUGAUGUGUAAAACUUACUGCUGGCCAGAGUAUCUGCACACUUUCAUUGUUUUGUCAAUAUCUUUAAGUUAGGCCUGAAUGAGUCUAAAAUAACUUUCUUGUCAAAUGCAGUACAUGAAAUCGAAGACUCCCUUAAUGGCGCUUUGUCUUUGCAUUGACUCAGCCUAUUAUUAAGUACUUUUUUUUUUUUAAGUGAAAAGUCUUAAGCAAGGGCUGCGGUAUUUUUUUCUUAUAGCUUCCUUAUAAUUUUGAAGUUGAAUGAGAGAUUACAACAUUGUUCAGUAUUGUAAAACUUGGCUAAAUGUAUCUGUAUCAAAUGGCCAUGCCGAUCUACAGAAUUAAAGCCUAUUGUUGCCAAUAAAAUGGUUGUUAUCCUCCUUUAUAAUUCAUUGGCAAAUCACUUUUUUGUUCAUGAUUUGUUUUGGUCUAUGGGAUAUGUUGGUUUUUUUUUUUUUUUUGCUCUUGCUGUGCAUUACAUUUUAUGUUCACAUUCCAUGAAGAUAAAUAAAAAAAGACACAUUAUUCCCCUGCAAUUUAAAGACAUGAACUUCUGGCAACUGAUUAAAACCAGUUAAUGAGAUUUCAUGCUAGGAGCAAACAAGUAAUCUUUUAACUGUUGACAGUUACCUUUUAAAAAUUUGUAUCGGGAAGUCCUAGAGGUCUUAAAGAUCUUAAUACCAACAGAGAACAGCACAAGGAAGCAAAGAUCAGUUAGUCCAAGUUCAUGCUGAGGAAGUUCUGGAACAGAGGAUUACACUUGUAUGUAAGAAAAAGUAGCUUAUAUUCCUUUGGUGGGAUUCAUAUUUGACAAACAUCAAGAUUUCUUUCUUUGAAAAGGUAAUUCUAGUAUGGUCUAGAUGUAUUCACCAGAAUGUGUUCAAAACUGGUUUAAAACUACUCUCAGUUGUUCAGUAUUGAUUUUGGGAGGGUAUUUCAGAUGCAGUCUCUGUUGGGCCUCAUUUACACAAUAGCUUCAAUAACGAUUUGGAUAACAUAAUGCAUAUUACAUGUUCAUAAUAUUGUGGAGGACAUCAAGCUGCAGGAUGUUUUGAGUACUUUGAAGGACAUGGUUAAAACUGAACUUGGGUUUUUUUCCAGUUUUCAAUAUCAUUGACUAGUCUGUAAAAUUCUGUACUUUAGAAAGAAAGAACGAAACUAAAAUACAGAAUACCUAGAUAAACAGCCACAUAGCAGAGAAGUACUGACUUACAAGGACCAGAGACUACAUGUCAGUAAUGGCAUACGUUUUGGUUUGGAUCUGUUAAUUCACAGCAUUUGUAUGUAGAAUGGUGACUGUUAACGCUUUGCUUGGUGCUGGUAAGAUUCCAUCUAGGGUGUGGGGUAGGGGAUAAAAAGAAAAUUAGACACACUUGUGUGAAGACACUUCGGAGGGUCUUGCAUGAUUUCAAAACAUCUCAACAGCAUUGUUCUAUGAAGAAAGCAUUUAAAAAAUAGCUCUUUCUAGACCAGAAAAGGAAUUCUGAGGCAACAGUGUAACAAGUUUUCAUGUAUUUUUAGGAAAGGGGAGAAUGGUCACUUGUUUCUGUCAGCUAUCAAAGCAAAGGAUAAGAGAUCAACUUUACUUAUCAAAAAGAUGAUGUUUGAAAAACUUAUUUUUAGGUUGGAGAACAUGGAGAGGGACAUCUAGACAUCUCCAUUGCUGAGCUUAAGAAAACAUAAAUAUAUAUAUCUAUCUCAGGUAUACCUAGAACAGACUAGUCUCAGUUCUUGUGUCAGAAGAGAAAGGUGGGAUUGGUAAAUUCUUAGUGUCUGACCUAGCCUUUAUUUUUCUUUGUUAAAUACAGAAGCAGAAAAAAAUGAGAAAAAAAAAAAAGCUACGAAAAGUGGCAAAACAUUAAGUGAUCAUAAUGUAAUUUGCUUAUUACAACAUGAAGAGUGUUUUUGGAGCAGCGGGAAGGAGAAAGGGAAGUUCACUGUCAAUGCAGCGAUUGUCAGGGUUCUGACCGGGAAUCAUGCCAACUUCUAUUUCUGCCUUAAUUGUAUUCUUGAGGAGUUAAAACUACCUAUGUAGAUAAAUUAGAUACAUGUAGCUUUACCCCUGUAUUGAUCAGGGC